UUUAUAAAUUUGAAACUAUUACCAUUUCUCAAGUCAACUUGAGAAAGUUCAUUCUGUUCAUAAACAAUGGAGUUAAGGUUUUACCACAAUCAGACCCCAGAUUCCGUGAUAUUAGGCCACACAGGUCAAUCAGCCAUGAAAUGGGAAAUAGGGGCUAUCAAUUCAUUAGCAGGUAAGUUGCUGCUAGCAAGCUCUAGAGCCAGAAGAAUUUAUUUUAUAAAUGGAGGAAUUUAUCAUCUGUUUGGGGUGCUAAGACGUGAUUGAUGGAAAGUCGGACACAUGAUUGAUGGAAAGCAGUCGUGAGCCCAGGGCUGGGAGCCUCGCUUGGGGGAACCAUGGAGAGAGGACGGCCUCCGUCUUCCUAGAGCGGCGCUGGGCCGGCGCGGGUCGCGCUUCCGUCUUGGCGGAUUCGGCGCUCUGCGGGAGCUUGCGGUGAGCCGCCCUGGUUGCGCAACCUGGUGCCUGUCUUGGAGGUUGCGUGUUUGGGUCUCGCAGACGCUCCGCGAAGGCCCAUGAGGCCGCCCGAGCCCUGGGCCAGCCCCUGUGGUCGAGGCGCGACCGACCUUCCCGCCCCGAGAGCUGCCCCGCUGUCCUCUGGCUCGAGCUCUGCAGAUUUUUGCUUUUCCGAGACUAGAAGGCAGUGCAUGAAGCCAGGGGUCAUCGGCCAUGCUCCAGACAGUGUGGUCCCAGGAGCCAGUGACCUUUGAGGAUGUGGCCGUGUACUUCACCCAGAAUCAGUGGGCCAGCCUGGAGCCUGCGCAGAGGACUCUGUACCAGGAGGUGAUGCUGGAAAACUAUGCGAACGUAACUUCUUUGGCAGCAUUACCAUUCCCUAAACCAGAUCUGAUAUUCCAGCUGGAGCGAGGAGAAGCCCCAUGGGUCCCAGAUCCAUGGAUACCUGUUGGGGGAGAGGCCCUUGGAGGCAUGUGCACAGGUGGUAAGACCAAAUCUGAGGAUGAGGAUCCAACUCCAAAGCUGAACAUGUCGACAGAAUCAGAGUCCAACGAACCCAUAGAAGAGGGGCUACCAAUGGACAUUCCCCAGGACAGGUUAGAGAAGCCACAGCCAAGUGACACAGGGAAGAAAACAAACUCAGAGAAAGGAGAUCCCAUAGAUUUGACAGUUCAGGUUCGUAAGUCUUCCACUGUCAAAAGGAAGGAGACAGCCAGGAAAUUGAAAGGAAGCAAGAGUGUCAGUACAAAGCAGGGCCCUCCUAGGAAAGAGGUGUUGCAUAAGUGUGAUAAGUGCAACAAAUACUUCAACCCAGACUCAGACCCUCACCAGCACCAGAAAACUCACACUGACGAGAAGUCCUACAAAUGCAAAGAAUGCGGGAAAGCCUUCAAAUACAACUCAAAACUGUCACGGCAUAUGAAAAUCCACACCGGGGAGAAACCAUAUGCCUGUGAGGAAUGUGGACAUGCCUUCAGUCAAAAUUCCCACCUUCUUCAGCAUCAGAAACUCCAUGGUGGAGAGAAGCCCUAUGAAUGUGGGGACUGUGGGAAGACCUUCAGCUACAACUCGAAACUGAUCCGGCAUCAGCGAAUCCACACUGGGGAGAAGCCUUUUAAGUGUAAGGAAUGUGGGAAAGCCUUCCGGGGUAGCUAUGACUGCAUCAUCCACGAGCGAGUCCACACAGGGGAGAAGCCCUACGAAUGUAAGGAUUGUGGGAAAGGUUUCAGUUCUAAUUCAGUCCUGAUCCAGCACCAGAGAAUCCACACCGGGGAGAAGCCUUAUGAAUGCACAGAGUGUGGCAAGGCCUUCCGCCGCAGGUCAGUGUACCUGCAGCACCAGAGGUUCCACACUGGAGAGAAGCUGUACAAAUGCAACGAAUGCUGGAAGACUUUCACUUGCAGCUCCCGCUUCAUAGUGCAUCAGAGAAUCCACACUGGGGAGAGACCUUACAAGUGCCAGGAGUGUUCAAAGGCCUUCAAUCAGAAGGUCACCUUGGUUCAGCAUCAGCGAGUCCACACUGGGGAGAAGCCUUAUGAGUGUAAGGAGUGUGGGAAGGCCUUCAAGUGGAGCGCAAGUUUUCUUCAGCAUCGGAAGUUGCAUACCAGGAAGAAAACUGCUGAAGAUCCAGGGCCAUCCACGGCGGAGCCCCAGUGUCCUUCAGGCCUUGCCCCUCCCUCUCCCCAGCCAGCAAGCUCUGCCCCAUCCCAGCCGGGGCCAUCCCCUGCACCUCUUUCGCCGCUCCCCUCAUCUGAAGUGGCCAGCUCUUCACCUGCCCAAGUAGCGCCCUCCUUUCAGGAUCUUGCUACUCCUGAAAAGUCAUCCUCUCGUAGCCUGAAUCCCUUGUCUCACUCCCCGUUUUUGGCUUCUUUCAUCAGUCUGCCCCUGGGACUACUGGAGUUGAAAGAGUUUGCAGGACAUUUUGGGCUUCAGGGAAUGCGACUUCCGGCUAGUGCCGGUGGCGGCGCGCAUACUCUCGCGGGGGAGACGAGGUCUGGUCCCAAGACCUGGGCGACGGCAGUGGCCACCUUCUUUAACAGGGCUUCAGGGUUGCGGCGUCUCCCGCUUCCUGGAGCUCCGAGGCUGCGGCCAGCGUUAGCACUGGACCCCUGGAACCGUCGGCCCCGCUUGCACCCACAGCAUUUCGUCGCAAAGCUGCUAUUGGUCCAGCCGCCGUCUACCCGCUUUGCGGAAGCGGCUUCUCUUGGUCACGCAUUCCAUUCACCAGACCUGUUCUGGUGUCCCGUCAGGAGCAAGGGAAACUGCCAUGGGGUUUCCAUCCCAGGGAACCUGGGGACAGCAAGGCCCUCAAAAGUUUAUAUCCAGAUAAUUCACACUGGAAAGAAACCAUUCAAGUGUAAAGAAUGUGGGAAAGGUUUAAGCUCAGACCCAGCCUUGUUUCAGCAUCAGAGGGGCCACGCCAGAGAGAAGCCUUAUGAAUGUAAGGAGUGCCGCAGGGCCCGAAUGCACACUGGGGAGAAACCCUGUGAAUGUAAAGAGUGUGGUAAAAGAUUAAGCUCCAUCACAGCCUUGACGCAGCAUCAGCCAAUUCACCCCGGAGAGAAGCCCUUUGAAUGUAAGGAGUGUGGAAAGGCCUUCAAUCAGAAAAUAACCCUGGUACAGCACGUGCGAGUUCACACUGGUGAGAAACCUUAUGAGUGUGUGAGCCUCUUUUCUGCCCCAAAGAUCUUGCCCCGACAGCCUCCCGCGUCCGCUUCUAAGGAUUCUGCUUUCCCAACCCUGAAGACAGUACAGGGGACAUCAGCCAUGACCCAAACAGCUUGGCCUCAGGAGCCAGUGAACUUUGAGGAUGUGGCCAUAUUCUUCACCCAGAAUCAGUGGGCCAUUCUGGAUCCUGCUCAAAGGGCUCUGUACCGGGAGGUGAUGCUGGAGAAUUAUGCGAAUGUGACUUCCCUGGUAGCGUUUCCAUUCCACAAACCUGGUCUCAUCUCCCAGCUGGAAAGAGGGGAAGCGCCAUGGAGUGUUGAUCCCUGGGACACAGAGGUCCUACCAGCCAUCAGUCCUGGUGGUGAGUCCUGGAUCAAGAAUGAAGAGCCACUUAUAAAGCAGGAAGCCUCUGAAGGGACAGAGCUACACAGAAUGCCCCGGGGAGAAGGGCCCAGAAACAUUACUCAGCCUUUUGAUUUUAAAAGCAAGGCACUGAGGCAGACUUUCAGUCUAAAUCCAAAUCUGAUACUUCGAGGUGGAAUGAAGUUCUAUGAAUGCAAAGAAUGUGGGAAAAUCUUCAGAUACAACUCAAAGCUUCUUCGGCAUCAGAUGAGUCACACUGGAGAAAAGCCCUUCAAGUGUAAGGAAUGUGGCAAAGCUUUCAAGUCCAGCUACGACUGUAUUGUCCACGAGAAAAACCACAUUGGAGAGGGGCCCUACGAAUGUAAGGAGUGUGGCAAAGGUCUGAGCUCCAACACAGCCUUGACGCAGCACCAGCGGAUCCACACGGGAGAGAAGCCCUACGAGUGCAAGGAGUGUGGCAAGGCCUUCCGCCGGAGCGCAGCCUUCCUCCAGCACCAGAGGUUGCACACGGGGGAGAAGCUCUAUAAAUGUAAGGAAUGCUGGAAAACUUUCGGGUGUAGGUCACUUUUUAUUGUCCAUCAGAGAAUUCAUACUGGGGAGAAACCCUACCAGUGUAAGGAGUGUGGCAAAGCCUUCACUCAGAAAGUAGCCUCCAUUCAGCAUCAGAGAGUUCACACUGGGGAGAAGCCUUACCAAUGUAAAGUGUGUGGAAAAGCUUUCAAAUGGUAUGGAAGUUUUGUUCAGCAUCAGAAGUUGCACCCAGUGGAGAAGAAGCCCAUCAAGGCUCUUGGGCCAAACCCGAGCAGACCCCAGUGCCCCUCUCCGGCCUUCGUACCAGCUCCUGUCCAGGGGUCAUGCUCUGCUCCAACUGUGGCUGUGCCUUCAUUCGCCUUUCCACAUGCUAUGCUCAUUCCUACCUCUGGGCCUUUGUUCAUUCUGCUGCCUACAUCUGGAUUACCUUCUUCUCCCCAAAUAGUUUGUGUCUUCCAGGGUUUUCCUUCUGUGAGGCCCAACCCAGUUAUUCUGACCCCUUCUCACCCCUCAUGAGCUUUAUCUUGGCAUUCCUGUGGCUCUUAUGACCAACACAUCUCUACUGUAAUUUGAAUUUGAAUUUCAUUUGUAUUUUUCCUUUACCUUACAUGGGUUACAACUGUUUCCACAUACUCUCCCUUGUAAUCUGUAUACAUUUAAAGACUGUGUUCAUAUAAUAUAUUCUCUCUGGGUAGAAAAGGAAAUACUGAGCGUUUACCUUGGUCCCUUUCAGACUUGAACAACAGCGACUGACUGCAUCGUGGGGUUGCUGGUGUUAGAAGAACUGAGAGGUUACUUAGGUACAUUAAGGAAGUUUGGGAAAGAGGGCAUCCCUGUAUAAGUGAUUAGAGAAAAAAAAACUCAGAGAAAUAGGAAGAGGCAUGAAAGACCUGUGGAAGUAGAGAAUUGGAAUAAAUUUCCAUUCAUGGACUUUGGAAAUCAAUGCAGAUUAUUUAGUGGGCUAGUGACUAGGUAGGUCUUAAUACUUUUGAAAUUGUGUUGCCUUUUUCAUGGAUCAUUGAGGAUCCCAUACUCUAUGCAAAAGUUAAUAUGAAAUAAACAAUAAAAAUUAUGCAUUGAUAGUGGUGAUAGCAAACAUGUACAAUCUGUAAGUGUAAAAGAGAAUUUUUCCCCUUUAGUUUUUUUUUUUUUUUAAGUACUGAGACUUGAACCCAGAGAUACUUUACCACUGAGCCAUAUCUCUUAUCCUUUAAAAAUUUUUUUAUUUUAACACAGGGUCUCACUAAGUUGCUUAGGGCCUCACUAAGUUGCUGAGGCUGAUCUCUACCUUGUGAUCCUCCUACCUCAACCUCCUGAGCUGCUGGGAUUGUAGGCAUGUGCCAUUGCUCCUGGCUUCCCCUUUAGUUUUGCUCUUCAUAUGUAAAUGUUUCUCUUUAACUGUUGUUUCCUAAG